AUGCGAGCCCCGCUGCUGCCGCUGGCGCCAGUGGUGCUGUCGCUGCUAAUCCUCGGUCCAGCCCCUCACGCUGCUGGACUGGAGGUCAAUGACACCUCUUCUGAGAAAGGAGAACCAUUUUCUGGGGACCACGGUGCUGAUGGAUUUGAGGUGGGCUCCACCGGUCAGAUGGCCCCAGGAAGCACGAUUUCCCCUGUGAGCGAAAUGUCAUCUAGUAGCGAACUGUCCUCAGGGAGCGACUAUGACUACUCGGAAGAGUAUGAUAACGAGCCGCGACUCUCUGGCUAUGUUGUGGAUGAUUCAGUCAGAGUCGAACAGGUAAUUAAGCCAAAGAAAAACAAAACAGAAGGUGAAAAGACUACAGAUAAACCCAAAAGAAAGAAAAAAGGAGGCAAAAAUGGAAAAAAUAGAAAAAAUAAAAAGAAGAAAAAUCCAUGUGAUGCCGAAUUCCAAAAUUUCUGCAUUCAUGGAGAAUGCAAAUAUAUACAGCAUCUGGAUGCAGUAUCAUGCAAAUGUCAACAGGAUUACUUUGGUGAACGAUGUGGGGAAAAAUCCAUGAAAACGCAAAAAACGGUUGACAACGAUUUCUCAAAAAUUGCGUUAGCAGCCACAGCCGCCUUCAUUUCAGCUGUGAGCUUCACAGGGGUUGCUGUCGCUGUUACAGUGUUGCUUCGGAAACGAUACUACAGGGCAUAUGAAGGAGUAGCUGAGGAACGGAAGAAACUUAGACAAGAAAAUGGGAAUGCAAGUAUCAUUGCAUAAAUGAAGAUAACACUACAGGGUAUCAGAUCAGAGUCACAGCCACGUCAACACCCUGAAUGAUGAGUUGGUUCCUCUUUUCCAGUGGAUCAAAAGAAAAAA